AUGAUUGUGAUUCUCAUACUCAAGGGGGUUGCAGCCGCUUACCUGCUCCUACUCCCUGGUUUUAUCCUUUACUCUCCAACUUCGACUUCAGCAAAGGCUAUCGUGACUGCCCUGCUCGCCCCUACAGCUUUCAACAUUCUCAUUCAACCUCCAACAGCUCCCACUGCUCUCGGCACCCUCCUUCCCCAAGUUGCAAUAUCCAAACACUUGUUCGGCACAAAUUCCCUGGAUUCUAUGAAACCUGCGAUGUUCAGCUUCUACCACGUUUUUGAGUUCGGCACUAUCUUGUGUUUCUGGAGAUAUUUCCAACAGAAAUCGCGUUAUGGACGUAUCAAUGCCUUGAAGGAAAAAUAUGGCUUUACAGAUGACCCCACUUCGUGGAAAGAUAUGACUGUCGAACAGGCUCAAGAGAUUGAGAGCAACAUGGCUGAGUGGGAGUUUCCUCGUCUUUUCCAGUUCGCAUGGAUCUCCGAUUUCCUUCGGACUUCGACUGACCCUGGUGUUUCUCGUGCUCUUGUUAAGUCUGGACAUAUGGUAAACCCGGAUCCCAUGGUUGAGCAUGAUCGCUUGCAAUCCACCGUGCACUUGAUGUCUGGUAUGAUGGCUUACAAGUUUCGAUCUGCCAACCAUAGUUUGGUCAUCUCUCGCAUCAAUGAACAUCAUCACCGAUAUGGCACCUGGAUCAACAGUGACGACGUCCUCUAUCUGAUCAUCCACUUCUCGGAAGUGCCAGUUCAAUGGAUCAGCAAGUUUGGAUACCGGAAGCUCGAAGGCUUCGAAGUUCAAGCUAUGUGGCUUCUCUGGCGUGAGCUCGGUUGUUCCAUGGGUGUCAAAUAUAUUCCCGAGACUCUUGAGCAAGCCAAGGAGUGGCGCAAGAACUUUGAGACAAAGUGUCGCUGGCGCGAAGACGCAAACGAAGAAGCUGGGAUGGCCAUGAUGAAUGAGAUUAUUUACUCCGUUCCAUCCCUGUUUAAACCUUUUGUUAGAAAGCUCAUCGUCUCAAUCCUCGACGCCGAUAUCGUUUACUUCUGCCAAAUGGAGAAAUUGGGCCCUUCCCCAGUCCUUCGUAGCAUAGCCUACAGCUUGUUCGGACUCUGCGCUUGGUUCAUCCGCAAUUUCUGUAAUCCUCGUCAGUCACCCUACAAGCGAGCCCCUGAUGCACCAAACAAUAGUGGUACUUGGAACUUUGGCCACACACCUUACGACACUCUGCCGUUCUUUCAAGAGCGUUCUUUCUGGAAUCUGUGGGGUUAUGGUGCACUCUUCCGACGCAUAUACGAUGUGCCUCUGCCCAGUCCCAAGUACUUCUCUGAAGGUAUCGCAAUCGAGCGAAUGGGUGCACUUCAGAAUACCCCAGAGACACAAGCAGCUGUCGAGACCAAGGUUCGUCAGAAUGCCGCCAUCCUAGAGACAGCUCUCUACGGCUACCGUCCUGCCAUUGGAUUCCAAGCUGGCCGACUCCUCCCUCCCGUCGACGGCCCUUCCUACGGUCUUGACAUGAAUACUUUCCACAAGUCGACUCCACAAGUUCCAGCUUCUACUAAGCGCUUCGAGAAGCAGUUCGAGCGUCGGUCUCUCGGCUACUCUAAACUGGCUGCUAUUGAGAAGCCUGAGGAUGUCCUUGCUUUUGACAAAAGCGAAACAAAGAUCCCAAAGAUCGAUGGUUUCCUCUCUCCGUCAAAGAUGGUGAAGGUCUCUGCUUGA